CAGACUCAUCGCCACGCACCGCGCAGCUUUUGACAGGAGCAAAUAAACGAAAUAAACUUAUUCUUAAUACUUUUGACGUGAAACUAAUUCAGAAGAGAGUGCAUGAACUGAUAAGACUUAGUGUACUUCCUCAUAUUACAAAUUCCGAAAUUGAGAGUCACAUUCGUUAAUUUUGCCUUGUUGGAUGACAUAACCUUACUUAUUUGGUUCCACAUUGCACAUUUGAACCAUUUGAUCUACCUGGAACUACAUUAUUUAGCCCAUAAUGUUAUUAGUCAUUCUGAGCAUUUUGCGCAUACAUUAACGCCUUUUUGCGAUUACUUCUUAUUAAAUACACUUGUGCAUCAGUUUCAUACUCUGAAAAGUGAAAAAUAUUCGUGAAAGCCAAACUCCAGCUCCAGUUGGUCCAGUUGUGAUUAUUCCAGUAUGAACUAACUCCAGUAAAAAAAAAACAUCCUGAUUAAGAAAGGUAAUAAGGAAGAUGAAAUAAAAGCCAUGAACCUUUUUUUUUCGUGAGGCAUACAACAACGUUAGUGUUUAAAAUCAUGGCUUCAGAGGAUGACAUAUUCUGGUAUCACGAAAACCUCCCUCGGGAAGAUGCUGAGAAUUUACUAAAAAAUGAUGAACGUGGAAACGGAACAUUUUUAGUUAGAGAAAGUAGUUCUUCAUCCGGAGAUUUCGUUUUAUCGGUACUUCAUGAAGGAGAAGUAAUCCACUACCAGAUUAGAAAGCAUGGAGAAGAUGCCUUCUUUUCAAUAGGUAAAGGCGAUGAAACAACAAUACACGGACUGGACACGCUCAUAGAAUAUUAUCAAGAAGAUAAUCAUGGGCUAGAAAUUAAAUUGAAGGCUCCAAUAAAAGGUGUCCCUCCACCUCACGAUGCUAGGAGACAUGGCCGAACAAAUUUAUUACACAGGGCGACAAUUCAACAAAACUACACAAUCGUCUCAGAAUUGUUGAAAUGUGGGUACAGAAAUUUGGAGGCGAAAAACCAACAUGGCCAAACUGCUGUUCAUUUGGCAGCAAUGCAAGGAGUGGAUGAAAUUCUUAAGAAGCUUAUUGAAAGUAAAGCGAGUGUCAACUGCCGUGAUUCGGCUGGCUAUACUCCUCUCCACUAUGCCUGUCAAAGUAAUUUCCCAAACACGGUAAGAAUUCUCAUUCUGGGAGGCGCAAAUGUGCAGACACGACAUACCGCAACAGGCAUGGUUCCUUUGCAUGAAGCAGCAUGCAGAGGACUUAAAGACGUAAUUGAAGUUCUUCUUUCCUUAAACGCACCGGUGAAUCCAAGAACUUUAGCAGAUGACGUUCCCGCCGAUCUUGCAAGACGAAAUGGCCAUACGGAGUGUGAAAACUUUCUAAAAAACUAUCAGCCACCGCCUCCAAAAGAGAAAUUGAGUGAUUGGUAUCAUGGAACUUUGGAUAGAAGAGAAGCGAAUCGUCUUUUGCAAGAACGUGGCAAUAUCGACGGCUUUUUUUUGGUUCGGUUAAGUGACAGACACGGUGGAAUAUACGUUCUCUCUGUCAUGCACCAUAAGCAGCCGUAUCAUUUUCAAAUACAGAAAAAGGGGGAUCUUUUGUUUAUCGACAACGGACCUUAUCUGUCAUCUUUGGAACACGUUGUGGAGUAUUAUCGCAGCAUACCAGAUGGACUUCCGUGUCCUUUACUUCAUCCAAUUCAACCUGAACCAAAACCACCUAUUCCUGAAAUGCCGCCUUCCAUUUUUAAUGGGCUCACCCUCAAAAAGAAAAAGGAAGCUAUUGUAAAAAAAGGACCUUACGAUGCUGUUAUGAGUCAGACUUUACCAACUCGUCGUCAACACAAUAAUUCUUUACGAUUGCCUAACUCUGUAAAUGAAAAUAUUUCACAAACUGCAGUUUCCACGAUGCCGAGACGAUCUUCGUUAGGAACGAUUACACCAAAAACUGAAGUCACCGCCAAUCAUAAAGGAUUCAUUCCCGUUGAGAAACUCACCCUGGAUACGAUUUUGGGCGCGGGAGAAUUCGGUUCAGUUUACGCAGGCGUCUAUAAAUCUUCUCCAGGUGUCAAUGAACCCGUUGCUAUUAAAACUCUCCGUGAUUCUUACAACAAUGCAACCCGAGAGGAAUUUUUGAGAGAAGCACGUCUGAUGUUGACUCUUAAUCAUCACUGCAUUGUCAAACUGAUUGGUUUCUCCGAAGGCCCACCUUUAUUAAUGGUUCAAGAAUUAGUUUCCUUGGGAUCAAUGCUCGCAUAUCUGCUUGAAUUUCCGGACCGAGUUACUCUUCAUGAACUGAAAUUGUGGGCGGCACAAAUUGCUUGUGGUAUGCAGUAUUUAGAAGAAAUGAAACUCGUUCACAGGGACUUGGCGGCUAGGAAUAUAUUAUUGGCUUCCAGAAAUCAGGCGAAAAUCAGCGAUUUUGGUUUGUCAAGAACUUUCGGCUCCAGCACGUAUUAUAAAGCAACCGCUGGAGGAAAAUGGCCACUUAAAUGGUACGCACCCGAAUCAUAUAACUAUGGUAAAUUUACACAUGCGAGUGACGUUUGGAGUUAUGGAGUAACUUUAUGGGAAAUGUUCUCCUAUGGAGAAGUUCCUUAUGGGGACCGACUUGGUGUUCAUGUUAUCGAAUUAGUGCAGAAAGGUGAGCGUCUCCAAAAACCGGAAACCUGUCCUACCGAUGUUUAUAAAAUAAUGCAGCAGUGUUGGUCUUACGAGCCCGAAUUACGACCAACAUUUAAAGAUCUUCUGGAAAUUUUCAGCAGCGAUCCUGACUAUGCAAACCUGAAAGAACUCGUAGCAGAAGUCGACAUAAGUUGAUAAUUAUUGAAGAUAAAUUUGCAUUAAGGACUAAAAUAAAAAAUCGAAACUAAA